GACCGGCUCACGCCUGCGCGGCUUCCGUAUCCAGCGUGGGGUUCAAUGACAUUUCAUAAGUCACAGUUCAUGUGUAAAGAUGUCUUUAACGUUUCUGUUCAGAGCAAUCACAAGAGACGCUGUCAAGGUCAGUGUCUGCCAGCAUGUCCAGUCCUUACACACAGGCUGUCAGCUUCUGGCUGCAGACAAAGCCCUCCUGAUGAAACUGCGGAAAACCACCGGCUACACUUUCAUCAACUGCAAGAAAGCACUGGAGAAGUUUGAUAAUGAUGUGACGCAGGCAGAGAGCUGGCUACACGAGCAGGCCCAGAAGGAAGGCUGGAGCAAAGCGAACAAGCUGGAAGGUCGCAAAGCCAAAGAGGGUCUGAUAGGUCUGUUUAUACGGGAUAAAGCAGCAGUUAUGGUGGAGGUUAACUGUGAGACGGAUUUUGUUGCCCGCAAUGAGAAGUUUCAGCAGCUGGUUAAGGAUGUGGCGUUUGCUACAUUGGCUCACCACCAGGAUAAAAACCAAAGCAAGGCAGGAUACGUGAAGAGUGUCCUGGCAGGUGAUGAGUUAAAUAAACUGAGUGUGGCUGAAGGAGCUUCACUUGCUGACCACGUGGCUCUCACAAUAGGUCGCCUUGGUGAGAACAUGUCAGUGAAGCGGGCAGUGACAGUGGGCAUCCCUGCUGAGUGGUGCAUAGGCUCGUACGUACACGGCGGUGUGAGCGGCCAGACUGAGGUGGCCAUGGGUCGGUACGGUGCCCUGGUCGUAUUUCAGGGUGGAAAGGAGGAAGAACAGGAAGUUCUAGGGCGUAAGCUGGGACAGCAUAUAGUGGGAGAGGCCCCUGUAUCCCUGGGAAACAUGGAUGAUCUGCCCUGCGGUGAAAGUGAAACACGCCUCCUGCCUCAGACCUUCCUGGGAGACCCCAGCAGGACUGUGGCACAGUUCCUCCGGGGUCAACAGGCUCGAGUGCUGGACUUUGUCCGAUUUCAGUGUGGCGAGACAGUCAGUGAAGAAGCAAAAUGAUUUAUCUCAAACGAUUCGUUAAACGUCUUUAUGUCAUACGAAGAUGAAAUGCAACUACCCAUUCAGACGAUCACACAGUGUCAAUACAUAUGUCGGCCUACAACUGUUGGUGCCUGAUGAAAUGACCAAUCCAAUAAUAAAAUGUCUUUUGUUUUUUUUU